AGAAAUUCGGACUUUCAACAAUGGCAAUAAUUGUAGGAAAUCCAAGUGUUGAAGGGAAGGGUUUUAUAGCGUACUCGCUAAUGCACGAAAAGAAAAUGAAGAUGAAGAUAAGAAUAAUGGCGUUGAGACAUUUGCUAAUGUUUUCAAUUGCAUUAAAUGUUGGGCUUCUCUUCAAUAUGUACCCUAAUGCCUUGGCCAUUUUCGACUUCAACAAUACAUCUUUGAAGCUUCCUUUUUAUUCCGCGCCAAAAGCUCUUGAUCAAGUUAUUGAUCUUGAUCAUGGCGAUCCGAUGGUGUACGAGAAAUACUGGCGACAGAUGGGCGACAAAACAACGGUUGUGAUCCCGGGAUGGAAAUUCGUCAGUUAUUUUUCCAACAAGAAAAGUCUUUGCUGGUUUCUAGAGCCGGAAUUCGCCUAUGCAGUUGAUAGGUUGCACAAACUUGUCGGCAACGCCGACACGGAGGAUCACUACCUUGUCGUUGGAACGGGGUCCACUCAGCUCUUUCAAGCCGUUUUAUACGCCGCCUCUCCGCCCAAUCAAACCGAGCCAAUCAGCGUUGUCGCUUCUCCACCGUUCUACUCCUCGUAUCGGUUGAUAACUGAAUAUCUGAAGUCGGGAUUAUACGAAUGGGCUGGAAACGCAAACGAGUUCAAGAAAGAUAAGCCGUAUGUCGAAAUUGUGACAUCACCAAAUAAUCCCGAUGGUUUAUCGAGAGAAGCUGUGGUGAAUAGAAAAGGAGGAAUAGUGGUACAUGAUCUGGCUUAUUAUUGGCCGCAGUAUACUCCGAUCACUUCUGCCGCGGACCAUGACAUCAUGCUCUUUACCGUUUCUAAAUGCACGGGCCAUGCUGGCACCCGUUUGGGUUGGGCACUCGUUAAAGACGAGGAGAUUGCGAAGAAAAUGACGGAAUUCAUCAUGCUAAGCACCAUCGGCGUGUCGAAAGAAUCGCAAAUCCGUGGAGCGAAGAUCCUACAAGUCAUAGCCGAUUCGCACGAAAAACGAGACAAGUUCAAAAAAAUCGAACCGUUCUUCGAACAUAGCUACAAAUUCAUGGCAAUGAGGUGGAACGAUCUUGAAGAUGUAGUUGACCAAAACAAGCUAUUUACGCUUCCCAAUUUUGCCCCCGCAAGAAAGUGCAACUUUAGUGGCCAUAUUUUUGCACCACAACCCGCUUUCGCGUGGCUAAAGUGUGAAGGUGAAGUGGAGGAUUGCGAAGGGUUUCUUCGCAAUCACAAGAUAUUGACAAGAGGUGGCACGCAGUUUGGCUCGAGCGCGAAAUACGUUAGAGCAAGCGUUCUUUCGCGUGAUGACGUGUUCGAUCAAUUUACCGAGAGGCUGUCUAGUAUUAAUUAAUAAUUAGUAUUGUGCUGAUCUGUGUGUUAUAUAGAUUGCUGGAAUCUUCAAUCAGCAGUUCUAUGUUCUGUAAUAAAUGGUUUUAUGUGUAAUAAUGCAAUAAUAAUCAGGUUGGCAUGUAUUUAGUUCUUUUUCACUUUCUUUUCAUAUUUUUGUUUUUAAUAAUGAAAAAAUUAAUUUCAGCCCAUUAUAUAGGUGCAAUGGGUAGUAUACAUCUCAACUCUUGUGAUAUAAAUUACAAUAAGUCGUUAUUUUCGAACUAUGAGCUUAGGGUGUAAAUGAGUUGAACUGGCUCAACAAAAACCUCCAGCACAAACUCGAAAAAUAUAAUUAUCACAUUUUUUAUUGUUUGAGAUUUCAUAAGUUGGCUCGUGAACUUAUUUAUAUAAUUUUUAAAAUGAUGUAUAUUCAAAAUAUUAUAAAUAAUACUUAAAA